CAGCUGUGGUGCCCAGCCUGCAAUUUCAAGGCCUCCUCCCUGCCUUUACUGGGAGCCCUGAGUCCUCACCAGAGAGCACCAUGGGGAACCACUUGACCGACAUGGCUCCCACCGCCCCCUUUUUGCCCCACUUCCAGGCCUUGCACGUCGUUGUCAUUGGGCUGGACUCAUCCGGGAAGACCUCCCUCCUUUACCGGCUCAAGUUCAAGGAGUUUGUUCAGAGUGUCCCAACCAAAGGCUUCAACACAGAGAAGAUCCGGGUGCCCUUGGGGGGGUCCCGCAGCAUCACCUUCCAAGUGUGGGACGUUGGGGGCCAGGAGAAGCUGCGGCCGCUGUGGCGAUCCUACACGCGCAGGACCGACGGGCUGGUGUUCGUGGUGGAUGCUGCCGAGGCAGAGCGCCUGGAGGAGGCAAAGGUGGAGCUCCACCGAAUCAGUCGAGCCUCGGACAACCAGGGUGUACCUGUGCUGGUGCUGGCCAACAAGCAGGACCAGCCAGGGGCACUGAGUGCUGCUGAGGUGGAGAAGAGGCUGGCAGUCUGGGAGCUGGCGGGGGCCACUCUCACCCAUGUGCAGGGCUGCAGUGCUGUGGACGGACUGGGCCUGCAGGCGGGCCUUGAGCGCCUGUAUGAGAUGAUCCUCAAGAGGAAGAAGGCUGCCCGGGGCAGCAAGAAGAGGCGGUGA